AGAGAACAAAAUAGAAUUCGAUUGCAGAGAAGAGAGAGAAAAAAAAACACAAAAUAAAUUUCCAAAUCAAAAGAGAAGACCAAAAGUCGACUGUGACUUUGUCAUUUUCGGUGGAGUGAAAAUAACGAAAACUGGAAAAAAUAUAAUACUCUAGAAAAUGUGGUGCAUUUUCUAAAAUUGUGUACAGUAUUGUGUGGACCGUCAAACUGCGACGAUAUAAAUAUCUAAUUCUCAUUCAACAUUUGUCGACGACUCAACAUCAAUAACAAAAAGAAAAUCGUACACAAAAAUCGUAUGAUUGCGUGAUUGGAAAUAUUGUGAUUCGUGUGUAAUUUGUUCAAUAUCGCACAAAACAAUAAUUAAAAGACGAAAAUAACCAACUGUUCCAAAUGGACAUAACAAAAUAUACGAUACGCAAAGUAGUACAUUGUCUAAUGUCCAAUUAUAUGUGAUUUAUUUUCUUUUCUGCAUCACAAUUAGUGCAAUAAAGACAAGCUUCGAUUAUCUAAGAGGAUAAAAGCAGAGACUUGUAAUCAAGAAAAAGAAUUCCAGAUUUCAAUUGGGGGAAAACAGUGAGCAAAAAUAAAACGGCGCAAAAAAUCCGGAAUAUCUGCUGGAAACGAAAAUAGACGGAAUUUUCAUUUUCUUUUUUCGGUAUUAGCCAGCACGAUAUAUACAGUUGCCAGACCUUGCUGCAUGUGCAUGGCAGUCGCAGUCAUUUUUCUCUCCCUUCGCACACAUAUCCAUCAUCAAUAAUAUCGUCGCGUUCAACAGCAGCAGUAACAACAACACUAGUAGUAGUAGCGGUUCAGUGUAUUGGUGUGCGAGCGUGUCGCGCAACGACGACGACCGUAUGCGAUAUAUUAGUAAAGUGAUCAGUAUAUGAUGUGGGUUGGCACAUCUAAUAUGAUUCAUGUGUUAAUUUAGUGGCCAACAAUUGCAUUUCGAUAUCAAUAUUUCGUUUCGAAACGGAGAGCAAGAAGGAACCAGCCAUAAAUAUACUGUAGAUACACAUCCAGCCAGUCAAACCUGUUGGACUGAAACAAAAGAAUCUGUCAACUUUGACUGCCAAAUAGUGUACGUUUGCGAUUCAUUGCUUUGAUUCGAUUCGUUUCAUUUCGUAUCGUAUCGUUUCGAUUUCGUUCUAAUUUUAUCGAAACAAAAACUGAUUGAAUUUCAAGUGAAAUCAAAUUAAAAUUCCAUUAAUUGUUUGACGGUCACAUCGGAGAGACACGGAGUGAAAAACAGAGAGAAAGAGAGACAGAUAGAGCGAACAGUUCAAACACCAAUCGGUUUGAUUAAGCGCAACGCGUUCUAAUUUUGUUUUCCAUUGCGAAUUAACGGCAAUAGCAUCAACAGAAGCAGCACACCACAGCCCAGCGCAUAAUAAAUUAUUCAGAACGAGAUUUUGGUAUUUGUAUCACAACCGCGCGCGUAUGUUAUAUACACCACAUAGAAAAGAAAAAUAGAAAAAAAAAAAUUAUAAAAGACUAGAAUCGCGUUAUCGUUGACAAUAUUUAUCUCGCUCAUUCUCUUUCUCUCGCUCUCAAGGCGUUUUGCAGAGUAACAAAUAUCGAACGGAAGACAAUAAUUCACAUAUAUGUAUAUAGAGAGAGAGUGACAGAGAUUGUGUGCACUUUUGCUUCAAACUCUCUUGUUUGUUAUUUCAUCGUUCACUGUACUCAACAGUCACAUAUUGUGUCAACGGUGCUUCGGCUAAUGGUGUUAUUAGACCAAUUUGUAUUUACCCCAAAAAUUCUUGCGUAAUUUCUCGGAAAAGAUCAAAAAGAGACAGUGCAAGAGAGAGAUAGAAAUAAAGUCGUGCACAAAAUACAACCAUAAAACAAAGGCGUUCCGACGAUAGCGACACAGGAAAAGAGCAAAGGAGAGAAGAAGAAGAAGAAGAAAAGAAAAUAAACAAACAAAUAAACAAACAGAGAGGAUCAUUUUUAUUGUCACAUCGCAAAAAGUGAAAUCAUUCCGCGGAAUUUGAACACAAUCGUCGAAAAAUCGAGAGCGAGAACGAUUUUGAGAGCAGCAGCGGCGACAGCGGCCGUCAAGAUUCUUCAUUGCCAUAUGACACGCGUGUGAUUGAAAACGUUCGUCGUCGUCGUCGUCAUCGUCAUCGUCAGAUUCGUGUCAAAUCAGCAGCAACACCACCAGCAGCAAAGUAAAUAAAAGUCAACUUAAAUUCAGAGUUCCAUUAGUGCCGACGAAACGGAAUGUUGCUCAAUGAUAAAAAUAGUGAAGUUAAAAACUGAACAAAAGUGACAUUCAUUCGUGUAGAUAAAUGCGAAUAUCAAAUCAAUAAAUUGUUCUAUGCUGUGCGUGAGAUAAACGGAAUUCGGGAACAAGGGACAUUCGUAAAACGUACCUCACGAGACGCGCGCGCGCGCGUAUUUAUGUUGUCUCUUGUCACGUCGUGUUGUGUGUGAGAACAGUGAACAAAAUAAAAGAAAAACAAAAACGAAAAUAAAUACAAAAAAAAACGGUAUGUGUGUUGCAAUUUGCAAUAUUACAUAUUCGUUAAACUAAUUGGGUGGCAAGGCGAAUUGACUUUGUUGAAAACACAUAGAAAAACACUGAAAAAGAUGUGGAUCGACAGUGUGAUUGAGUACGAUAUCAUCGUUGAGACGUUAACUGGCGCAGAAAUUGAAGUCACUGUUACCGAUGACGACACCAUUGGAUACAUCAAAACUCACAUACAAAAAUACGAAGGCAUUCCGAUUCGACAACAGCAUUUAAUCUACAAUCAACAUGAGUUGAGUGAUGCAACUGAAGUGAAAGAUGUGCCAUUGUCGCAUGGUUCGCGCUUGAAAUUGGUGCUCGGCUUUAAAAGCGGUCCUGUCUCGGCACAACGGCGCCUUGUCACAUGCAAAAUGCCCGAUCUUGACACAUGGUUCGAUCUAAAUUCAGCUAGACAAGAUCAAUUCACAAUAUCGUCACCGGGCGUGAAAUUACUCGUUUACAAAGACUGCAAAAAGAAUGUACAUCGUGUGAAAUUGCGAACGGAUCGUAAAAAUUUGAGUAACAAUACAAAUAACAAUAAUAAUACGAAUACAGAGAAUGCACUCGAUUUGUCGGUCGAUGUGGACGAUCAAUUUCUCAAGGACAAUCUCAAUACGAUGGAGAAAAUGCAUCAGUUGCGAACACAGUUGGAAUUGAAAAAACGUGAUAAAGGUUCUAAGCUUUUUAAUAAAACGAGCACAAAAUCGGUGGCUGGCGAUGAUAUCGAUGCCAAAAAUCUAUUUGCAACGAAUCCAAUUCAUUUCAAAUUUAAAGACGAGAAUCCAAUUAGCAACGAAGAUGUUGGCGAUGUUGGUGCAAUAGCAAUAACAACAUCCGGAUCAGCAUGCAAAUUGGAUGCAAGCACAUCGAAAACACCACGAAAAUAUAGCCGACGAAUUUAUUUACCCCCAUUGAAAGGGUUCAUCGAAAAUGCAACGAGUUUGAAGAAAAAUAGUCGAACCGAUACCGAUAGCCUUGCACUGACUGAUAGUAAUGUUUUAAGUAGUAAGCAUCAAGCACAAAUCCCAAAUACCCUUAUCAAUAAAUCAAAUCCGAACGAAACGAUCCCGUCGUCAUUGUCAUCGUCGUCGGCUUCGAUACGAUCGGACGAUUCGAUUUGGCCAGCCAAAGUGAUAAAUGAAACACCCAAAUCGAAGCGAAAACUCACCAAAUCGAAUUGGAUUCAAAAUCUCAUCGAAAUCAUGAAAACGUCCAAAGUGCCACUGUCGCCUGGCGAACUCAUCGAAAUCAAAGAAUCAUUUGAAAGUAUCAGGGAAUCGAUGGGCAAAGACAGACCCAAUUCACCAUCAACUGAUAAAAUGACCGCCGAUAAGCAGUCACCAUUCGAAACGAUGCUGUCGAAUUUCAACAAAGCAACAACAAUCACCUCGGAAUCCUAUCGAUCGAAAAUUCGCGACAACAUUCGACGAAAUCGAUCAUUCAAAGCGGUUGGAAGCAAUGAUUUAAUUAUUGAAGAGAAUCGGCGUUCAAAAUACUCUCUAAAUCCCGUGAGCAAAUCAAAAAGUGGGCAUCAUUUCAAUGCAAACCGAUCGAUCGAUGAUCUGCCUGAAAGGGAGUCCGUUUCAAACCGUUCGGGUUCAAUGUCAUCGCUUCGAUCAUGCGGCAGCAAUAGCGGAGCAUCACCAAUGAUAGAUUUAAAAUACCCCGUCGAAUCGGAUAAUAAUCAUAGACUGUACUCAAGGAGAAUGAACGCCAACGGUCCAAAGUUCACGAGUAAUGGUUUCGAGAAUAAAUUAUACUUUGAAAAACAAAACGGUCAUCUGCAUCAACCUGGGCCAAGCCGAUGUGAGGAAAGAAAGUCAUUCUCGAAUGAAUUCCACAAAUUCAAAUCGAAUCCGAAUUCAACGGCCUUUGGCCCGUCAACCGCCAAAGCGAUUGCCGAUAGCAGCUCAUUCCGAGUCUACAAAAUGGCAGCUGAUGCCAAAAAUUACGAGCUUCCAAAGUUGUUAAUACGUGAAGGAUCACCAAUUGAAUCAUUCCAUUCAUCCGAUACUCAGCUGGAAACGCUGGCGCUUCGCUGCGAUUCACCGAAAAGUGUGAUUGCCACCGGCCCGGAUAACUGCACCAGUGCAGCGUCAACGGAUUCGGUGCAAUUGAAUACGGUUUUAACGGCAACAGCCGAUAUUAUGGAACCAAGUGCAUUGGAUGAGUCGGCCGAACUGAAUACUCUGUUAUAUGACCAUAGCAACGGUUUAGAAAUGAGUUUUCAUGAUACGGCCACUGAUCCAGUGGAUGGAACGUCUCUAGUGAGCAACAGCAGUAGUAACAAUGGGAGCUGUGAGCUGUUGCACAAUUCAAAGUCAUCGAUUGGUCAAGCCAAUGAAUUUCGUACGAUGUUUGGCAGUAGCCCGUUACUGAAUUAUAAUCCAGUGGCGAACAACUCACGUUGUCUCAAUAAUAUCCCGUUGAAAUAUCGUCGCGGUUAUAGCAAUUUGAACGAUGCAUGUCUGUCGAGCAGUACGUCAAAUAUCAAAGACAUUUUGCGUACAAAUCGAUGCACGAAAGAGAGUCUACGUACGACAGCUAAAUCGACGACGAGCACGAAUAAUAUUGGAACAUCGAGUGGAAAUAGCAUAAGUCAGGAGAUAUUUUCAUUUUUACAGAAUCAAAAUAAUGCUCCAGCUGAUUAUGUACGCAGUUACGAGAAUUUGGAUCGUACGAAAAUAAUUCGCAUGAAAAAUGACAGCAAACGAAUAAUGGGCAAUACGAAUUAUGGUUAUGCUGAAAGUGAAUCGGUGCCAACUACGAGCUACUCAAAUCGAAGUCAAAUCAGCAGCUCAAGCAGCAAUAACUCACAAGAUUGGCGCUACGGCAAAUCAUUUGAUGAUGAAAUGAAGGAAGAGGACGAUUCGACUGACUAUAGCUACUCAAAUUUGGCCUAUGAUAAUGCCGAUAUGAGUGGACCGCCAACAUUCUGGAAUACAAGCCAAGAGCAAAAGUAUCAAUCGGACGAUAGUCUAUUUAAUAUUAAUUUCGAUGCAACCGACGAUGAGGUGUUCCAAAUUGAUUCACUCAACUUGCUAGGUGUGACCGAUUCUCCGCAAUCCGAACAAAGUUUCUUUGAAGAUGAGGCGGCCACCAACACCACAAAUCCGACUGAAUUGAACAGUGGUCAAUCGAAGAGCAAACCAAUCGAAAAGAAAGAAAAUUCAUUAGACUACGGUCUACUAGCUCCUGAAAUUCCCAAUUUGAUGAGCUUAAGCGAUGGCAAUCUCCUGAAGCUUGAUCGAAAUCAAUUGCAAUGCAAUACAAAUACAAUCAGAGCACAACCGAAAAAUAAACCACUCGAACUGAGUCAGUCGCGAAAUGUUAAAAUUGAACCGGUUGGUGAUCAACGCGAGAAACUGGCGAUGAACAAAGCAAUAAUCAACCGAAAGCCAACUAUUCUGGCUAGUGCUGCGGCAAUUGAACCGGUCAAAUCACCAUCUGCAAAUCCACGUUGUGCUGAGUGCAAGAAAAAAUUGGGCAUCAUCAUGGUAAUGAAAUGCCAUUGUGAGAAAAUAUUUUGCGCCAAACAUCGCUAUGCCGAAGCUCACAAUUGUUCGUACGAUUUCAAAAAAGAAGGACAAAAAUCGAUAGCCAAAGAAAAUCCACUCGUUGUGGCCAGCAAAGUGACAAAAAUUUAAAACUCACUCACAGACAAACACACACUUUCUUAGGGUGUUACAAUUUUAGAACUGAACGAGAACUAGUCGUGAGGUUGGACACGUGAUGAUAUGCUUUUGCGGAGAAGCAACAAUACAGAGUUGAAGCCACACACAGCGAGAGAGAGAGAGAGAGAGAGAGAGAGAGAGAGAGAGAGAGAGAGAGCGAGAGCAACGUCAUGCGAAAUUGCUCCAGAAUACCAACACAUAAAUUAUUAUAACGAAUGUGUUUUCUUUUUAAUUUAAAUUUGAAGAAAAAAAUGGAUCAAUUUAACAAUUAACAUAUUUAGACUAAUUUGUUUUCCAAAACAACUAAAUAAUUUAUGUAUUUUUUUGUGAAAUAAAAAAAAUAUAUUCAUGUUAUCUUAUCAAAUGUGAAAAUCGAUGGGCGCGCACGAAAUUCACGCUUGCACUCCACGCCCGCGUUGACUUAAAAAAGAUUGCAGAAAUUAUCCUCUAGCACGUGAGCUCUGGGACGAGCAUACUCCGAAACGUGAUGAUGUGAUGCGUGCGUGGCCCAUCAUUUUGGUGCUUUCACAAUUCGGUUGUAAACUCAAAUAAGUAAAAACAGAAGAAAAAAAUUAUUAAAUACUUUGUAGCAUAGGUUAUAUAACUAAGCUUUGGUGAUUAUAUUCUUUGAAUAUUUGAAAAGUUUCAACUUCAAAAUGUCGAAUGAUAAUUUUGCGACCGAGAGAAAGGGGGCCGAUGGCCAUCAGCUAAUAAUAUCUAACACUUGAUAUUGAAUUUCAUUCUAAUUUAACUAGAAAAAAAAAUUAUGAAAAUGAUUUAACACACGCGCGUAAAAAACUUAUGAUUAUUAUCAUAGAUUGGGAUUUUUUUCGGUUUUCCAUGCAAUUGCAUAAUUUAUACAACAAAAAAUUGGCAAAUUUAAAACAUGAAAAAACAGUCUGUAAUAUUUAUGGAAAAACAAAUCACAUUUAACAAAAUUGUUUAGCUUAAUGCAAGUGACAUUUUUGCAGGAAAAAAAAAGUUUUUAUACAGUAUUUACUAAAUUGAGAAAUGAAAUUAUAUAAGUGAAACAUAAUUAUGCUGCUGGAUCACGAAAUAAAAAUGAUUACACUGAAUAAUCUGAAAAA